GACAAUGUUUGCAUCCUCGUCUCGUCGCACCUUUGAUACACCAUGGCGCUGCCGAAGAGCAUGCGCAUCCUGGCGGGUGCCACGAUAUGCGUCUUCGUCUUCUUGUUUGUCAAGAUCUUGAACGCACCGUCUGCAGGUGAGCUCCAGGUACCGACUAAAGUUCCGCUGUCGAAAGAUGGUCAAUGGGACCACGACCCACAAUUAGAUCCAUCUGGAGAGCCUCCAGAGCCAUUGCGACGAGUCGAUGGAAACAACUACGCACCGAACAACCCGAACAGCGCACGCAUUAACGCUACACUCCUGAGCCUGGUACGCAAUGAGGAAAUCGAUGACCUGCUUCAGAGUAUGCAUGAUCUUGAGAGGACAUGGAACCACAAGUUCAACUACCCAUGGACCUUUUUCAACGACAAGCCGUUCACUGAGGACUUUAAGAAGAGGACACGGGCAGCUACGAAGGCAGAGGUUCGAUAUGAGCUUGUUCCCGCCGAACACUGGGACGUCCCAUCAUGGAUCAAUGAAGACCUCUACCAAGAAUCCGUCUCCCUGCUGAAAUCGCAGAAAGUACAAUACAUGGAGAAGAAGUCAUAUCACCAGAUGUGCAGAUGGAACAGCGGCAUGUUCAGUGAGCACCCAGCUCUGAAAGACGUGCAAUACUACUGGCGGGUCGAACCGAACGUCCACUUCUUCUGCGACGUCGACUACGAUGUCUUUGCAUGGAUGCAGGACCACAACAAGACCUACGGCUUCAACAUCAACAUCUACGAUAGCGCCGAGAGUGUCGCAACACUAUGGCCUGAGACGAAGAAGUUCCUCGACGACCACCCCGACUACGUACACCCGAACAACGCGCGCGAGUGGCUGGAGGAUGGCAACAGAAGGCCGGAGAACAACAAGAAGGCAAACGGAUAUUCGACAUGCCAUUUUUGGUCAAACUUCGAGAUCGGUGACCUGAGCUUCUGGCGCAGCAAGAAGUACCGAGACUAUUUCGAUCACCUCGACCGUGCUGGGGGCUUCUUCUACGAGCGCUGGGGCGAUGCACCUGUGCACAGCGUCGCGCUCGGUCUGUUCGAGGACAAGAGCAAGAUCCACUGGUUCCGUGAUAUCGGCUAUCAGCACAUUCCCUUUUUCAACUGCCCCAACAGUCCGAAAUGCAAGGGAUGCGUCACAGGCCGCUUCACCGACGGCGAGACAUGGCUGAACCGAGAAGACUGUAGACCACUGUGGUUCAAGUACGUCGGUAUGGACUAAGCCUCGCGCUCGUUUGUUUCUUCGACAGUUCACAAUACAUUGCGCGGCGUUAAAGCUGAGCUGGCUCAGCAUCAAGCAUACAUAUGUACAUCUACACUAUACCACAGCCUCAGUCACAAGCAUACACUGGAAGGCGUUGGAAGGAUGGAUCAGCGCUUUGGCGAUGUUCGACCUGAGGCUGACUCGACGACUCUGUCGUCUAUAUAUACCAAUAGACCAAUGCUUUA